AUGUGUAAAAACAAAUCAAAAAACCAUUAUGUAGAAGUAGAAACUGAGUCAGAAUCAGUAGAAAUGUUUCAAUUAAAAGUAGGUUAUCAAAAAAGUGUAGAGCCAUAUUUUGUGAAAAUUAAAAUUGAAGAAAUAUACAUUGAUAUGGAAUUAGACUCUGGGGCAGGAAGAUCUAUAAUUCCUUUUAAAUUAUAUAAAAAAUAUUGGUCUAAAUUAAAAGUCAUUCCUAGUUUAAUUAAAUUAAAAACAUACAAUGGAGAAAUAAUAAAUCCAGUCGGAGAAGUUAUGGUUGAUAUGGAAUAUAAGAAUAAGAAGGAACAAUGUAAUUUACUAAUAGUAGAAAAUGGAUGUAGAGCUCUAUUGGGAAAGAUUUAA